UUACUUUUUCCUCGGCAGAGAUGAGUCGAACUCCGGAUGCGCGAGCAAGGGACAACCAGACCAAGAGGAUCCAGGAGAACAUCAGCAACGUGGAGAAGCAUUUCGACGAGAUGUGUCAAAUGUUUGCCGCCUACGGCCGCAAAGCCGCCAGGCUUCGCGACAAGGCUGAUGUCCUCGUGCGGGAGGUGGCCGACUACGCAGACACCGAGACCCCCGGCCUCAAGAAAGGCAUGAAGCGGUUCGCCGAACACCUGGCCCAGAUUCAGGACUACCGGCAAGCCGAGGUGGAGCGACUGGAGGCCAAGGUGAUUGAGCCGCUGAAAGGUUACGGCGCGGUGGUGCGACGCAAACGGGAGGACGUCAAGGCGGCCCAGAGCGCCAGGUCGCGUGAGUCCAAGCAGAUGCUGCAACUGGAGCGCACUCGCCAACGAAACCCGUCCGACCGACAAGUCAUUUCUCAGGCCGAGAGCGAGUUGCAGCGGGCCACCAUGGACGCGGCGCGCACCACGCGCCAGCUGGAGGAGACCAUCGAUGACUUUGAGAGGCAGAAGAUGCGAGACAUCAAGAGAAUCCUGUGCGACUUUGCCAGCCUGGAGAUGUGCUUCCACGCCAAGGCCUUGGAGCUGUACACGCUGGCCUACCAGAGCAUCAGCAGCGUCGACGAGGACAACGACCUGGAGGUGUUCAGGAGCUCGCUUCACCCGCCCGACUACGCCGAGCGCUUGGAUGUGGUGCGUAGCAACUCUCUGGAUGGGACCGCAGCCUCCUUCCUGACGCCGGCGGGCACCUUCCAGCAACAGAGAGGCUCUGGGAGGCAAGCCGAAGACGAGGAAGAUGAGGAGGACGAGGAGGAGGAGGAGGAGGAAUCUGAAGAAGAAGAGGAGUCUGAUGAGGAGACGCGAUGAUGAUGAUGAUGAUGAUCCCCAAAUUGGAAAAUACUGUUGAGGGACACAUUUGGUUCAAUGAGUCUGUCAUUGAACCAAAUGUGCUAACUAACCAACAAACAUGCCGUCUUUGAUCCACUGGUGAAAAGGACACUUUGAUUCGCUCCUCUUUCAUUUAUAAUUGUUUCAAACAACAAAAUGUAUGCAGGCAAAGUGGUUAAGAUUGCU